GAGAUCAGCUUGUGGCUCUUGUUAGAAUGAUUUACUACACGGUCAGGACGCGCGAUCCCGCGGUCGUGCCGUGAACCCGCUGCUCGUCAUAAAAGAUCGUACUCUCCCGGCCCUGGUGAGCUGGGCAGACAUGCCAUUCCCUGAGUCGAGGUGACGAGUGCCCGUUCGUUCAUCGUAGAAACACGUCUGAGCCACGAUGCAUUUCACCACCUCCACUGUCGUUGCCGGCCUCCUUGCCGCUGCCGCCUCGGGCGUGUCUGCGGUCCCUACGAAGCGCUGCCCAGACAAGGGGCACUCUAGCCGUCGUGUCGAACUCGGCCCUCGGCCAGAGUAUCUCGUCAAUGACAUGGACGAGGGCCCGUUGAAAGACAAGCUCGCUUCGUGCCUGGAGAAGAAGGUACACACCACCCCCUUCAGCAUCGGACACCGCGGUGGUGGCUGUCUGCAAUUCCCCGAGGAGACGAUGCAGUCUCUAGUAGCUGGUACCCGAAUGGGCGCGGGCAUUCAAGAGUGCGAUGUAGCAUUUACCAGCGACCGCGAGCUCGUCUGCCGCCACGACCAAUGCGAUCUGCACACCACCACCAAUAUCGUCGCAACUCCUCUCGGCGCCAAGUGUACGACGCCCUUCGAACCCGCGACCGACGGCAAGGCAGCCACAGCCAAGUGCUGCACCAGCGACAUCACCCUCGCCGAAUUCAAGUCUCUGUGCGGCAAGAUGGACGGCUUCAACGCGUCGGCCACGACGCCCGAGGACUUCCUCCACGGAACGCCCAACUGGCGCACGGAUCUAUACUCGACUUGCGCCACGGUGCUCUCGCACAAGGAGUUCAUCCGCUACGUCGACGCGCAGGGGCUCCAGUUCACGACGGAGCUGAAGCAGCCGCGCGUGCCGAUGCCGUUCCAGGGCAACUACACGACGCAGAUGUACGAGCAGCAGGUCGUCGACGAGUUCGUCGAGGCGGGCAUCGACCCCUCGCGCGUCUGGCUGCAGAGCUUCGUCUUCGAGGACGUGGCGUACUGGCUGGAACACGCGCCCGAGUUCGGGAAGCAGGCCAUCCUGCUCGACGAGAGCGGCGACCCGCCGGCCUCGACCGUCGAGCAAGCCGCUGCGAACCUGACGUUUUACAAGGACGCCGGGGUGAACAUCGUCGCGCCCCCCUUGCCGUACCUUGUUUCCGUGGAUGCUGACGGCGAGUACGUGCCCUCGGGGUAUGCGACCAAGGCCAAGGAGCUCGGGCUCGACAUCAUCACGUGGUCGCUGGAGCGGUCCGGCCCGCUUGCCCAGGCCGUCGCGAGGGACGAUUACUACUACUUCUCGAUUACGAACGGCACGCGGAAAGACGGCGAUAUGUACAAGCUCGUGGAUGUCCUUGCGCGAGAGGUUGGCGUGAAGGGCAUCUUCUCGGAUUGGUCGGCUACGGUGACGUUUUACGCCAAUUGCAUGGGGCUUUUCUAAAUUCAAAGAAAAAAUCGUAUAGUAUAUAGCACUUACAUCAUGAAUUAGACGAAUAGAAUUAGCCAGCAUGUGUAAUGUAGCAUUGAGCUUAUAAGAAUAAAUCAAUCGAGAAUUUCCCAUUGCGCUAUAGAGAUUAUGUGAGCGGAGGAUUCACAGCUCAUCUUUCACUUUAGCGAGCCGUUUAAC